GAGAAAAUGGACAACUCUUUCUUCGACAGGAAUCUUAUUUGUUUCAUAUCAUGCAUAAUUUUGAUUACAAAUUUAUGUGCUGGAUUGAAACUUGAUGAAGGUCAGAUACUUUCACCGAACUACCCAAACCCUUACCCAAGUGCAAAAGCUUGGAUCCACAAAUUAUCAGCCAAGACGGGAAACAUCAUCCAUUUAAUGGUUAAUGACAUGGACAUCCCUGAUGUCGACACCUUGUUUAUCAAGGAUGGGAGCUCCUGUGACAGCGUAUUUGACUUCAGUAACGAAAUAGCCCAAUUUGAGGGAAAGAUGGACCCUUCCGAGUUACCCUUUAUGGCGUUCAGCAUGGAGGAAAGCGUCUGUCUGUAUCUGAAGAGGGUCGUUGGAGGCGGGAAGUUCAAUAUCACAUACAAUGCCUUCCCAAAAUGCACUGGCACUGUACCUUACCUCAAAGGAAGCAUAGUCAGUCCAAACUACCCACACCGGCAGUAUUCAAGGUGGGCAAACUGUAGAUGGCGUCUCAGCGCCUCAAAGGGGCAAAUCGUCAGAUUCGAUGUCAUCGACCUCGGGGUUAAAACCACGAGUGAUUGCAUUGGAGAUUACCUUCAAAUCACAGGUUUAGAUCCAAAGGUUUAUCAGUCAGGGAAGGUUAGACUCUGCGGACAAAUUGGGAAUCAACCAGUGAAGGUGUUUGAAACGGUUGGGAGCGAGGUGGCUGUUGAGUUUGUUUCCGACUGGUUAACAACGGAUAAAGGCUUCUGGUUACAGUUUGAAGUUCUAGGUUGCAAGCAUUGGGAACUGGUAAUAAAGGAAGGCACCCCGCCUCCUCGCCUGCUGAACCCAGCCUCAUACUACAACGACGGGUACAUAGCAAAGUUCAUGUGUCCAAGGGGCUACGUAUUUAAGAAUGGUGUCAAAGAACUGCCUUUUGUCUGUCAAAAAAAUAGGACAUGGACUGGAUAUAGAGAUCAGUGUGAAGAAAUCGUGUGUGGCUUCCCAGCAAGUCCAGCAUCUGGUUUUGUCAUUUUCACCAACGGCGACAAGUUUGAAAGUGUGGCUACGUACACUUGCAAGAACGGCUCGACGAUGAUCGGGGAAAACACGAGAAUCUGUGGAGAGAAUGGCAUUUGGAUUGGGACGUUACCAUUUUGCAAAGGUGCUGAGACCGAAGAAUGUGGGGAUCCCGGGGAUCCACCUCACGGUUUCAAACUCAACGAAGAUUCGUCCGAUAGUGAGACAAACCUGAGAAGCUACCCGUUCGGAACUGUGAUCAGUUAUGCCUGUGAUGUUGGGUACAUUCUUGCAGUUGGUGAAAAUAGGACCUGCCUGUUGAGCGGGACAUGGAGUGGAGAGGAAACCAAAUGCAAUAUUGUGAGAUGUCCUUCCGACCUUGCCACACCAGCCAACGGCACGAUAGAGAUACCAGACAAUACCGAGUACGGUGCGAUUGUGACGUAUUCAUGCGACAGUGGGUUUGAGCUGAUAAACGGCAACGAAGCAAGGCAGUGUCAACCCAAUGCAAGGUGGAGCGGACAAGCACCACUCUGUAAAAUUCUGGGUUGCAAACAUUGGGAACUGGUAAUAAAGGAAGGCACCCCGCCUCCUCGCCUGCUGAACCCAGCCUCAUACUACAACGACGGGUACAUAGCAAAGUUCAUUUGUCCAAGGGGCUACGUAUUUAAGAAUGGUGUCAAAGAACUGCCUUUUGUCUGUCAAAAAAAUAGGACAUGGACUGGAUAUAGAGAUCAGUGUGAAGAAAUCGUGUGUGGCUUCCCAGCAAGUCCAGCAUCUGGUUUUGUCACUUUCACCAACGGCGACAAGUUUGAAAGUGUGGCUACGUACACUUGCAAGAACGGCUCGACGAUGAUCGGGGAAAACACGAGAAUCUGUGGAGAGAAUGGCAUUUGGAUUGGGACGUUACCAUUCUGCAAAGGUGCUGAGACCGAAGAAUGUGGGGAUCCCGGGGAUCCACCUCACGGUUUCAAACUCAACGAAGAUUCGUCCGAUAGUGAGACAAACCUGAGAAGCUACCCGUUCGGAACUGUGAUCAGUUAUGCCUGUGAUGUUGGGUACAUUCUUGCAGUUGGUGAAAAUAGGACCUGCCUGUUGAGCGGGACAUGGAGUGGAGAGGAAACCAAAUGCAAUAUUGUGAGAUGUCCUUCCGACCUUGCCACACCAGCCAACGGCACGAUAGAGAUACCAGGCAAUACCGAGUACGGUGCGAUUGUGACGUAUUCAUGCGACAGUGGGUUUGAGCUGAUAAACGGCAACGAAGCAAGGCAGUGUCAACCCAAUGCAAGGUGGAGCGGACAAGCACCACUCUGUAAAAUUCUGGGUUGCAAACAUUGGGAACUGGUAAUAAAGGAAGGCACCCCGCCUCCUCGCCUGCUGAACCCAGCCUCAUACUACAACGACGGGUACAUAGCAAAGUUCAUGUGUCCAAGGGGCUACGUAUUUAAGAAUGGUGUCAAAGAACUGCCUUUUGUCUGUCAAAAAAAUAGGACAUGGACUGGAUAUAGAGAUCAGUGUGAAGAAAUCGUGUGUGGCUUCCCAGCAAGUCCAGCAUCUGGUUUUGUCACUUUCACCAACGGCGACAAGUUUGAAAGUGUGGCUACGUACACUUGCAAGAACGGCUCGACGAUGAUCGGGGAAAACACGAGAAUCUGUGGAGAGAAUGGCAUUUGGAUUGGGACGUUACCAUUCUGCAAAGGUGCUGAGACCGAAGAAUGUGGGGAUCCUGGGGAUCCACCUCACGGUUUCAAACUCAACGAAGAUUCGUCCGAUAGUGAGACAAACCUGAGAAGCUACCCGUUCGGAACUGUGAUCAGUUAUGCCUGUGAUGUUGGGUACAUUCUUGCAGUUGGUGAAAAUAGGACCUGCCUGUUGAGCGGGACAUGGAGUGGAGAGGAAACCAAAUGCAAUAUUGUGAGAUGUCCUUCCGACCUUGCCACACCAGCCAACGGCACGAUAGAGAUACCAGGCAAUACCGAGUACGGUGCGAUUGUGACGUAUUCAUGCGACAGUGGGUUUGAGCUGAUAAACGGCAACGAAGCAAGGCAGUGUCAACCCAAUGCAAGGUGGAGCGGACAAGCACCACUCUGUAAAAAGUUAUCGUGCAAUCUUCCUGAGAAACCUUGGCAUGGAAAUCUUCAAAUCUACCAUGACCCUACCAAGGGAAACUUCGGUAUCUUCACCUGUGAUGUUGGCUAUGCACUAAUGGGUCAGAAUACAACCACCUGUACAGUCAAAGGCACUUGGACGAAUCCAACACCCAUAUGCGAAGCCAUAUCGUGUCCUGAUUUGAGGAACAGAACCUUUACUAAUGUUGUCGUCUCUGACCUUCACGGCGAAACGUUUGGGAGCACAGCUCACUUUCUCUGCAAUAAAGGUUUCUACUUCGACGCGAAUUUGACCAAGUCGUCACAAGUGGUGAUUUGCCUUGGGAACCGCACGUGGAGUGUUGAUAUUACUGGUUGUCCUUUCGCAGCAACGUCGCCUGAUCCAGCAAAACAACCUGGGGAUAAUAUAACAAAAACUGGGAUGUAUGUAGGGAUCGCGGUUGCUGGCGUUACAUUUCUUAUUAUAAUAGCACUGAUCUCCGCCUAUGUUGUUCGCAAAAGGAAACCGGGACGGGCAGAUCAUGAAAAGAACUUUGAUAAUCCGAUGUACACCGUCGAUGAUCAUGGUAUAGGACAGGUUAGAAUUGGUGAGGACUGGAACAAAAACCCGACCUAUAAGGACUCGGACAGGGCUUGCACGGACGGUAUCUAUGACAGGCCUCCGAACUCGGCUGGAUGGUCUUUGUGAUCAUGAUAGGCCGGGGACAGCGGGUACGGAGUCUAUGGCAAUGUAAGCCUAAGCGACGCCAAUCCAUUCAAUCGGUUAUCAGAAGUCGAAGAGGAAGGGGAUAAAUGACAACAAGUGUAUGAAUUGUGGUAAAGGUGAUACUGUUUACUUGCCGACUAGUAUAGUUGCCUCGAUACUGCGGAGAGAAAUAUAUGACUGGAGUUGAUAGGAUGUGAUGUAGACACUUGGGUCGACAAGAGAAACACUGCACAGAGAACAUCUUGUGAUGAUGUCAGUAUCCGAAGUCGAUGUCUACUAGACAUCUAUCUAACAAAAUGUCUAAUCGAUAUCAACUGGUUUAUAUCCAGUGUCUAAUGAAGCUCAAUCGGAAAAAUUCUUUUUGUAAAAAUUGUGGUAUUCAUCGAUCACUUAAAUGAUCCCAGCCUCUGCAUUUUGGUAGAGGAGUGUAAAAAGUUGAUAAAUAAAGUUAUUUGAAGGUAGUUCAUAAGUACUUGGAUCUGCCCGACUAUUCAGACGAGUAAGUGGAAGGGAACACAUGUGGAGAAGGAGGAGGUGAUCCAAAACGGCCGUUGUAAGUUUUAAAUGUCCUCGGAUAAACGAUAUCAUAUGCGCUUUUAGUCUCUGAAGUAUUCGAUCACGAGUCUGUAUAGAACUGAUCUUCAUUCGUCACCAUACGAUACAG